GGUCUCGUAGCCGGCGCCUGCCAAGAUUCUACAGUACUCAUCCUCUUGGCCAUCUAAUCCUCCUUCAGUUCCUGGUCACAACUUUUGACAGCAUGGAUGUGGAGGAAGAUGAUUUGUCUUUGCUAACGGCUCUGCUAGAGGAAAAUGAGUCAGCCUUGGCUUGUAAUUCAGAAGAAAGUAACUCCUUGCCCCAGGAAGAUGGUAAACCUGACACGUUUGAUGAACUCUUUGAUGCCGAUGGUGAUGGUGAAUCGUAUACUGAAGAGGCUGUUGACGAAAUAGGAAAGAUGGAAGACCAGAAAGAAAAUUUGGCCACUCUCUUUGGGGACAUGGGGGACUUAACAGAUGAGGAAGAAGUUCCUACAUUGCAAUCAACUGAAAACAAGGUCCUCCUGGCUCCUGCACCUAGUCAAGAGAAAACCAAUCAGGAGUUACAAGAUGAAUUAAGGAAGUUGCAAGAGCGAAUGAAAUCCUUACAGGAACAGCUAAAAGCAGCAUCACUUAAACAGCCUGCAAGUCCAGCCCUUCCACAUAAAUCCCUUGAAAGUAAGUCUCCACGGCCCCUUCUUAAGGAGAAGAAAGUUCAGAGAAUUCAGGAAUCAACAUGCUUUUCUGCAGAGCUUGAUGUCCCUGCCCUACCAAGAACAAAGCGAGUAGCUCGGAAACCAAAGACUUCUACAGGUAACUUUCUAGAGGCCAAGAGCUCAUUUUCAAAGAUGACAAGUGCACCCUCCCAACCACUCCAAACUGUUCCUGGGAACAAACCCAGUGGGAUAACUAGAGAACAGAGCUUGGGGACACCAGGGAAUUCUGGGGCACUACCAGCUCAGCAGGUCUCUGUGGAAGCCUUCUCUGGCCUGCGACUCAGGCGACCUAGAGUAUCCUCCACAGAAAUGAACAAGAAAAUGACUGGCCGAAAAUUAAUCAGACUGUCUCAGAUAAAGGAAAAGAUGGCAAGUGAGAAACUGGAAGAAAUGGACUGGGUGACAUUUGGGGUUAUAGUGAAGAAAGUCACUCCACAGAGUACUAACAAUGGGAAAACAUUUAGCAUUUGGCGACUAAAUGAUCUUCGUGACCUGACACGAUAUGUGUCAUUAUUCUUGUUUGGGGAAGUUCAUAAAGGACUCUGGAAAACGGAGCAAGGUACUGUCAUAGGAUUGCUAAAUGCUAAUCCCAUGAAGCCCAAGGAUGGUUCAGAGGAGGUGUGCUUGUCUAUUGAUCAUCCUCAGAAGGUUUUAAUUAUGGGUGAAGCUCUUGACUUGGGAACAUGUAAAGCCAAGAAGAAAAAUGGAGAGCCUUGUACACAGACUGUUAAUUUGAAUGACUGUGAGUACUGUCAGUAUCACAUCCAGGCUCAGUACAAGAAACUCAGUGCAAAGCGAGCUGAUUUGCAAUCCACCUUCUCCGGAGGACGUAUUCCAAAGAAAUUUGCACGCAAAGGUGCCAGUCUAAAAGAGCGCCUGUGUCAAGAUGGUUUUUACUAUGGAGGAGUGUCUUCUGCAUCAUAUGCAGCUUCCAUUGCUGCGGCUGUUGCUCCUAAGAAGAAGGUUCAAACUACUCUAAGUAAUCUGGUUGUGAAGGGCACAAACUUGAUCAUUCAGGAAACUCAGCAAAAACUCGGAAUUUCCCAGAAGGCCUUAUCUUGCUCUGAGGAGUUCAGGGAACUGAUGGACCUGCCAACAUUUGGAGCCAGAAACUUAAAAGAACACUUAGCAAAAGCCAAGGCUUCAGGGAUCAUGGGAAACUCAAAACCUGCCAUCCAGUCUAUCUCAGCAUCGGCCCUCCUGAAGCAGCAGAAGCAGAAAAUGUUGGAGAUGAGGAAGAGGAAAUCAGAAGAAAUUCAGAAACGAUUUCUUCAAAGCUCCAGCAAAGUCCAGAGCCCAGCUGUUCCAUGCUCAUCUCAGCUUCCCACUUUUCAGUCUUUGAGAACAGUGGCUGAGUUCCCAGGGCUGGAAGGCACAGUGGCCACACAGGUGCCUAAGCUUGGCCGAGGCAUCUCAGAAGGGGAAGAUGUUCUCUUUUUUGAUGAGUCACCACCAUCAAGACCAAAACUGAGUGCAGUUGCAGAAGCUAAAAAGUUGGCUGCUAUCUCCAAAUUAAGGGCAAAAGGCCAGAUUCUUACAAAAACUGAUCCAAACAACAUUACAAAGAAACAAAAGGACUCCCAGAAUGUCCUGGAAGUGAAGAAUCGUGUAGAAAAGAACAAUACAUUUUCUCCUCAAGCUGAGGAUGAAUUGGAGCCUGCAAAGAAAAAAAGGAGAGAGCAGCUCUCUUACCUGGAAUCUGAGGAAUUCCAGAAAAUUCUAAAAGCAAAAUCAAAGCACACAGGCAUCCAGAAAGAGUUGGAGGCUGAGCUCCAGGAAUGCUAUUUCGAGCCACUGAUAAAAAAAGAACAAAUGGAAGAAAAGAUGAGAAGCAUCAGAGAAGUGAAGUGUCGAGUAGUGACGUGUAAGACAUGUGCCUACACCCACUUCAAACCUUUGGAGACCUGUGUCAGCGAGCAACAUGACUACCACUGGCAUGAUGGUGUCAAGAGGUUUUUCAAGUGUCCCUGUGGAAACAGAAGCAUCUCCCUUGACAGGCUCCCAAAGAAGCACUGCAGUAAUUGUGGCCUCUACAAAUGGGAACGAGAUGGAAUGCUAAAGGAAAAGACUGGUCCAAAGAUUGGAGGAGAAACCCUAUUGCCAAGAGGAGAAGAACAUGCUAAAUUUCUGAAUAGCUUUAAAUGACCCUAACUUCAGACAUUUUUUCACAACCUGUCUUGCUUCUUGUGGUUCUGGAAAAGCAAGGGACUGGCUCUGCAUUACCCAUGUUUCUGAUUGACACCAUUAGAAACAAAAACUUGUUAAUAGGCCGAUCCACUUUUCUUAAAUACUUUCUUCUGUUGAAUUAAUUUUACACCAAAUAUAACUGACUUACAAAUGGAAAAUCAAGAUAUCCUGGUCUUUCCUAUUCUCACUUUAGAUGACUGCAUUACUGCAUUCACAUAAAUUUUUAGAGUUACUCCUUAGUUACACUAAAUCUUACAGGGCUUUCCUUUGAGGUGUUUUAGAACAUUGAGCAAUGAGUGGGUGGGGUGAGGGGUGCAGCACAGGUGGGGGAACUUACUUGUAGGCCUUGAAAACA